CAGCGUAUAAAAUUGAAAGGACAUAAUUGGUCGAAGGCACCGCCGCAGAUGAACCAAUCGCCGCUGCCCGAGCAACAUCCGUCGGAGACGGAUGACAGACAACUUCUGAAUUCGAUCAGGGACAAAUUGAAAGCCAAACAGGAGGAGGAGAUGAAAAGUCGCAAGAUGGGUCAAGAAAAGGAUGAGGAGGAAAAGGACUUGCAGCAAGACACUUAUUCAAAGAAAUCAGAGGACUUGGAGGCUUGGGGCCCGAAAGAGCCGCCCAAGCCUUUCUGGAUAAAGAAGGAGGAGGAGAAGCAAUCGCAACCGAUCGUGACAAACAAACCGAUCGAGUUGCCGAAACCAGAAGAGAUGCCGAAGCCGCACAUGGGAUUCUGGACUAAACAGCAAGUGAACAUGACGGUGAAGCCGCCCGAAAGUAAAUCAGUGGAGAAAGAGGAGGAAAGGGACCGAGAUAGAGAUCGUUACAAGGAUGAUCGUGAUCGCAAGUAUAGCAGAUACGAGAGGAGAAGUCGGCGCGACAGGGAUCGGGAUAGGGAUAGAGACAGAGAUAGAGAUAGGGACAGGGAUAGGGACCGUGAUUACUAUGACGAUCGUCGAAAGAGAGACAGGGACAGAGACAGUAACGAUUCUCCGAGACGUGAUAGAAAUUGGCGUGACAGCAGUCCCAAGAGAGGCUAUGACAAGUACAGUAAAGGGCGGGGAGAUAACGACAAUUCGUCGAACGACGAAUCCAAAUUUGACAAGAAGUCAAGCGAGUCGAAGUCGAAGAAAGGUCUUGCCGCCCCGAGCAAGAAAUCCGCGCCGCAAGUGGCGGCCAAGGGCAAGUUACCGUUCAUCGGAAGAUUACCUCUGUUCAAGAAGAAGGCCGAAGAGCCGAAGUUACCAGAAAAGGAUAUCGCUCCGCUACCCUAUCAACAAAGCAAGUUUGAGGACACGCCGAAGGUACCCAAUGAAAUCAUCAAUCCACCCGGUGUUGUUCACAUCACCAAACUAGCUACCCCAUUGAAUUUGAAUAAUAGCAGCACUGCAACUACUCCGCUUGCAAGCAAAUCCACCAAUCAGCCUAUGAAGAUUCUAGUGGCACCUCCGCCGCCCGUGCUGAACGAGAGCAAACCGACCCCGCAGGUGGUCGACAUGGAGAUAGACGAUCAGUCCGAGGAAACGGUUAUAGAGGAACAGCCGAUAGUGCAGCCACAAAAGCAGCAGCAGCA